AUUAAAACUCGACGGCCAGAUCAGUAGCAUUCCCACGGGCCACGGCGCUCAGAGAACUCCCCACACACACUCCCACCCUGAAACCCCGAAGGCGAUCCAUGGCGGCGGCGGCGGGUUGGCUCCGGCGAGCGGCGGCCGCUGCGGCGCUGCCUCGCCUGACUUCUGGACUUACGCUCCUACCGGCUCCUCCCCCCGCUCCUCUCCCUGAGGCUCAGUCGCUCAUGGUCCCAGGACUCGUCGCCGGCGUCAGUUCCGCCAUGGAGCUCAUGGCCGUCCCCAAGAAGAAGGUCUCGAAGUACAAGAAGGGUUUGAGGAAUGGACCCAAAGCGCUGAAGCCUGUGCCAGUGAUUGUCCGUUGCAGGUGUUGUGGCCGAGUGAAGCUACCUCACUUCUACUGCUGCAGUGGAGAAAGAGGGAACCCCAGCGAUUCGAGCUAAUAAAAUGUUAUGUUUCCCCCUCGUCAGUUUGCACACCAAACAAUGGCUGAACAUCGUAAUAUCAUGGAAGUUCUCAGAUCUCAUUUCGGAUUCAGAUGUUGUUCUCUUUGCGAACAUUUAAGAAAUGUACACUUGCUCAAGUUUGAAUUCUGCUGAGUCAUGCCAGAUAUAUUUUUUCCGCUCUUGGCAAGAGUGGACGUGUU